AUGGCUCAGUUUAACAGCAAAGCAUCCAAGUUCUUUAACUUGGUUCUAAUACUCUCUCUUCUUUUCAUGGUUUCCAUGGCAGAGAGCAGACAACUUGGCAUUGGGUUUGGGAAGGCAAAAGCGACUCCAGUUUGCAACUCGGUGUACGGUGCAGAAGAUGGUGAUACUUGCAUCAGUGUUGCUCAGAAGUUCAAAUUGUCAGACGACUUCUUCCUUAAGAUCAAUCCUAAUAUCAACUGUGAUACCAUUUUCGUGGGUCAAUGGCUUUGCACUGAUGGGUCGGCGAAUUGA